AUGAGUAGUUAUUCAGUAAGCACAGGACGCUUUUUAGCUCGUCUCUGCUCACUCUUCAACGAUAAUCAGCCAGCACAGAUGGACACCACUCUCCCUGAUACCUUGUCUCCAUUGCUGCAAUGUCACUCACAGCACCACUGUUUCGGGGAAAAACAUGAUAUUUCGACAUUUUUAUUCUUCUCGGCUUUUUUCUUCUUCGAUUUUUCUUUCUUUUUUUCUUUCAUUGCUUCUUCAAGUAUUUUCUCUAUUUUCUUCUUGAAUUUUCAAAGUAGAUUCCUUCAUAGAUUAUUCUUUCUUUUUUCAUUCAUUUUUUCUUUCUUUCUCAAUUUUAACUUCUCUCCUCCCCCCAAUAUUCUUUCCUUUUUUCUUUCCUUUUUCAUUCAUUUCUUCUUUCUUUGUAACGGUUUUGUUAUCUUUCCUUUCGCCGUUUUUUCUUCUGAAAGUAAAUUCCUUCUUUUUUCUUUCUUUUUUUUAAUUUUUCAUUCAUUACUUCUUGGUUUUUCAUCGUGUUUCUUCUUCUCCUCUUUCUUCGUUUUUUUUCUUCUUUAUCUUUCUUUCUUCCUUCUUUUCAGACGAUAUUUUCUUCUUUCACUUAUCAUAGCAUUUUUGCUUAUUUUUUACUUCUUCCUCAAUUAUCUUUCAAGAUUUCCUCCAUGUUUUAUUCCUUUCUAUUUGGCUUGA